AUGCAAGGAUCAAUCAAAACUAGAUUAGAAUUACCAGAGAUGUUGGUGUUGGAGAUUCUCUCAAAGCUUCAUGUUAAAUCCUUGAUCCGUUUCAGAUGCGUUUGUAAGCCCUGGUCUUCAUCUUUUGAAACCCCUCAUUUCAUUACCAAACAUCAUCGGAACAAUCUCAAAAACAAUAACCUUAAUCUCCUCAUCAAACGUUGUCAUGGUGCUACCCGUGAUGACAUCCAUUAUUUCUCUCAACUUUCGACCGAGAAAGACCAAAAUUUUAGAGUAAAACACAAUAUUCACUUACCAUUUUUCGAGAAUUUUGUGCAUGCACCUUUAGUUCAUGGCCCUUGUAAUGGAAUAUUGUGUUUAGCGGAGCCAGUAGUUGGACAUAAUGUUGCCCUUUGGAACCCAUCUACAAGAGAGUUUAAAAUCCUUCCUCAAUCCACAGUCCAACGCCCUCCUGGACUAGAAUACACUAGUUUUGAUCGCCUUGGUUUUGGGUAUGAUUCUCAAACUGAUGACUUCAAAGUUGUAAUAUUUGUUUCUAAUUGUUUUACAUGGGAAAAUGAAGAAGGAAUGAGCAUUUAUAGUCAUUCGAUCGAUCAAGUUGAGUUAUAUUCGCUUAAAAGCGAUUCAUGGAAGGAAAUUUCAUUUUCUGGGGUUGAUGGUUAUGAUUCUUCUUUGUUUAAUAAUUAUGUCAGUGGGUUUAUUUAUUGGCAAGCAUGUACGGUUGAUGACCUUAUUCUUUCGUUUGAUAUGGUUAAUGAAAAGUUUUCAACUUCACCACUGCCUGAAUUUGGUGGGAGUUUAGAACAAUAUUAUUUGGAUCUUUUGGACUUCAAUGGAUUCCUUGGUGCUAUUUUUUACCCAAGGGAAGGAACUAACAAGUCUUUUGAUUUAUGGGUUAUGAAUGGGUCAUGGACUAAACAAUUCAGUGUUGAAUCUAUUCUUGGAGCAGAGAGGCCUUUGGGGUUUUGGAAAAAUGGCGAGUUGUUUCUCGAGAGCUCAGAUCAAGAACUAGUUUUGUUUGAUCCCUCCAUAAAAGAGCUUAGAAAUCUUGGUAUUCACGCUUAUCAGGAAACAAUGCGCAUUACUACUUAUGUUGAGAGCUUGGUUACAUUGAAUGGAAGAUUAGAGCAUGAGGAAUAUAUAAUACGACGGCCAGCCGAAGACAAAGAUGGAUAGGGAACUACAAAAAAGGAAAGAUUUAAUGGGAUUUGGUCUCUUGAUAUGCACUUUAUCUCAAC